AAACCGUAAAAAGAGAAUAGGCGUAGAAUACGCAGUCGUAUAAUAACCCGCAAAGUUCAUUUCCGUCUUCCAACGGCAUCGGACUACCACACUCUGCCCUUUCUCUCCUCCGUUUCAAUUUCAAGCUCAACAGCCAUGGCCUCUCUCCUACGUGGAGCCGCAUCUCUAACUCGCAUUACUGCUUCCGUUUCCAAAUCUCCGAUUCAAUUUAUCCACCGCCGCGGCCUCGCCGGAGCUGCAGAUCACCAUGGUCCCGCUAAAGUUGCCUGCUGGAAAGACCCAAUGAGUCCUUCUAAAUGGAAGGAAGAGCACUUUGUGAUUGUCUCUCUAACUGGUUGGGGAGUAGCUAUCUAUGGUGGAUACAAGACAUUUGCAGGAGGCAAGAAAGAAGAGAAACUGGCUUAAGCGGCACAUUGAGGUUUGCAACAUAUUACAUCACAAAGUCUUCCUGGUAAUAAUGUGUGUGCCCGGGACAUUUUUCCGGGAUUUUCAGACUCAGUCUUGUUUGCUGGCAAGAAAUCCUUUUGCCUUGUUAUCAAUUUAAUCCUUGCAUACAAUGAAUAUUGGGAGAUGAUUCUUUCCAUAACAUAACAAUAUGUUACUUUUAACAUUAUAUAUUUGCCCAUUUUAUGCCAAUUAUUGAUUUAAAUUUUCAA